GUCCGUGUGUUGGGAUUUUUAAAAAUUUACAUAAAAUUGGGAUUGAACAUUUAGCUAGAGAACUGUUUUUAAGACAACGUAGUGCUUAUACCGAUGGUAAGUUAUUCGACAAAGGUACAUGCGUUUGUUGUGAAUAAUUAAAUCAAAAUGGAAUCGUUCGAAUGGAAUCCAGAAUUCCAGACGGCCCUUUCCAAUUUCCAAUGGGAUUCUGACCUAGCACCGGAAGAAAAGGAAAACGUGAAUUUUGGAAAUUGUGGCAUUCUGUCUCAGAUUGGAUGCGAUUAUGCGUCUAUCAUCAUGGAGGUCAUGACUGUUGAGGAUCAAGUGGAGAAGAAAGCUCCUCCAAGGAAUAAUUCCAUUCUUCCCCAACCACGUUCUUCAUCACUAACAGUUGCCCAACAUGCGCACUGCAUUCGAAACAUGGAGAUGUUCCUUAGUAAAGUUUUACCCCCCAAUCCCACUAAAAAACAGCGAAUUAUCCACAAGGAUUUAAAUGCUUUGCACAAAAAAUACAUGGAAGAAAAAGUUGAAUUCAGUGAAUAUGCCAUGCAGAAUGCAAUGCAUCAAAUUGCUUUUUAUAAUUUUGUGAACAUGCAAGUUAACAACUUUAUACAACAUCGGAUUGCAUUCAGUUUGCUUUCAUUGAAAACUUACCUUCAACAUUAUGUUCACAAUUCAUCUUUCAUGAUAUCUGUUAUUCCAUUUGUUAAUGAUCCACAACCUAAGUUUGAACAGUUGGCUGUUUCAACUGGUUCCACAGCACCAACUAUAAAAUUCCCCAAAUGUCCGGUGAACAUUCCUCACAUGAAUCAUGAUGAAAAAGAUCAUCAAGUGUGGAAGAUAAGUGAAGACCCCAAUGCUCAAAAGUUAGCAUUAAAGUGGCAAGCCAACGUUGUGUUAUCUCUCAGCUCACUUCGUGUGCUUACUAAUAACUUUAGUCCUUAUAAUGAGGAAUGGGAGAUGCCAAUGGUAGUUAAAAUGAUUCAAGGAAGAAAAGUUGUUUUUAUUGAUAAAGCUUUCAUUUCGAAAAGCUUAACAGCUCGUGAAAGAAACCACAUAUAUUACAAACAUAAUAUCAAGAAUUUUCUGAAAAGUAAUGGAGCAGUAAAUCCUCAAACACGAACUGCUAAAGAAGUACUUGUCAAUACGAAACCUUUUGUUGGCGGGGAAGUACCUGAUAAUGGGGAAAUCCCAGUUAGUAGGGAAAAACCUGUUCUUGGAAAAACACCGGAUCUUGGGGAAACACCUGUUAUUGAAAAAGCACCAGAUCUUGGGGAAACACCUAAAGAAAAAAAUAAAAGAAAACUAGAGAUUCAUUCUCCUAUAAAAUCUCAAUCUGAGACUAAUGAAGAUGAAGCCGAAGAAAAUAAUCAAAAUUUCAACAACAGCAAUAAACCAUUAGAAAGUUCAAAGCUGGGAAACUUGAGUGGUUCGGACACUACGGAAGAUUUAACUGAUUCUAUUCCAUUAGCAAAUGAGACAGAGUCCAUAAAAUCACCAGCUGCACAUGCAAGCAUAGUAAAGAUUGAAUAUGUGGACCCAGAAGCUGACGCUACAAAGAAUGAUAUAGCAGCAUCUCCUCCAGAGUUUUCCGACGUUGACAGUGAUGGAUGCGGACUUACAAUCGAUGAUGAAGAUUAUUUUGAUCUUCCCAUCCCCCAGCUUGAUGGAGCAAAUGAUAAGAAGAAAAAGAAUCCGACCAGAAAUUCCAGGAGGAACCGGAAGCAAGGAGUGGAAACCAAAGAAAUACCAAAAGUCGAAAAGUCGCAACCAACUAAACUGAGUUUUUUGUCAGCACCAGUUAACACGGAUGUGUGGCAAAAUACCUUCAGUCAAUUCCAAUCAAGUUCAUCACAGAAAGCAGUUGUCACAUCCAGUAAACCAACAAGGACAUCUUGGGUUCAAAAACAUUCAACAAAUACAGAUUCUGAAGAAGCAAUGGUGACAGAGUCGUCUCAGAUCAAAGAUGAAGACUCGGAUGAUUGUCUUGUGAUGGACACAGAUGAUGAAGAUAAUUCUCCUCUUUCAACAACAACUCAUGCUGGGAGUGGACUCGGCCUCACUUACGGGAUGUCAGAGUCUCCAAUAUUCGGAUCAGGAAUUCAAAAAGUCAUCAAAGAAUCGCCAGCAGCUUCUACUAUCCUCGGCACAUGUGUAGACACCAAAGAAUCAACUUCUAAAAUAAAAACUAGAAAGUCAAAAUCUUCUGUGAUGCAAAAACAGUCCAAAACAACUAUUGCCAGAUCUGGCAGGAAAAGUAUGAGUCAGUCCGCACUAGAAACCUCUUCCAGUGAUAGUGAGAAUUUAGAAGCCAGCAAUAGCUCAGAAGAUAAUGAACUGUUUACCAUAACUUCUAGAAGUAAAACGAAGAAGAAACAAUCUGAGAUGACAAAAUAUACACUGAAAAAUGAAUCUUUAGUUUCAUCCACUCCCAAAACUCCAUCCACGAUUGCCACCAGUUCAGUUUCUUGAUAAAGAAGAACUUCAGACAAGAUCAGAUGGACAAGUUUGUUUCUACAGUUUGUGGUUGUUUGGUGACAUCAGAGUUCUAAUUCGUGGUACAAUACAUGGAAAGAUGUCUGUUGGGCAGAACAAAUCCUUAUAUGAGAGUAAUGUUGUGAUUCGUAGCAAGUUAGAAUAUCAACCUGAACUUGGAUAUGAACAACUCACGCUGAGUGAUGUUUCAACUGAGUGGAUACAUCUCAUGUUUCGUCCCAAACCAACCUCAAUAUUAAGAUGUCGCAUUGCUCCAUCUACUGAUAAGAUUAUGUGUUGUGAUGUUCUGACUGAUCUCAAAGACUUAGCACCUGCAUACAAUGUCACAGGGUUCAAUGAGAAGUUGGCAGUCAAACUGUUAAAUGUUCUGUUCCAAAAACUCUCCUCUACAAGUUUCAACCCUGGAACUUUCCUUAUUUGCCACAAAGCUGGAUCCAGAGAAAUCAUUACAAGAACUGGAAUGUCAAAUCUAAAUGACAGAAUGGUUCUGUACGACUUACAAAAGGAAUAUGGAAACCCUGGCCGUUUUGUGGCUUGUACAGUGAACAAUAUACCAUAUGUGUCUCUCGACCUAAUGAAGCAGCUUCCUUGGCAAGAGAAAGCAAACCAUCUUCCUGGGACUUUUGAUUGUGCAGGGCGAGAGAAUGGGGGCGAAAAAGUCAGUCCUUCUACCAAGAAAAAAAAGAAAAAGGCGAAAAAGGCAAAGAAAUUACACGACAUGGCCGUCGGGCGAAUUGAUCGCUAGCUUUAGUUUGUUGUCUAUCUUAACGUAAACUGCGUUUCCUUCUCGCAAUUAUCGCCAGCGGCAUCCUUCUCUAUAGACGUUCGUCACGAUCGCCAUUUUGCCCUGCGCUUCGAUCACGUAUACACAGUAAAGAGACGCCAUCUAAAAUCUGAAUUACUGCAAUGUGUCACACGUCAUUAUUAUCUACACAACACACGUAAUUUCUAAUACACCCACAACUCCCCCAGAGAAACGUUAGAUUACAGUCAUGUUUUCAUACAUUUGAACCGUUGGAUACAAAAAAUAAAGUCAAAAUUAUCACUUACGUUGCUUAACACAAUAAAGCACAAUAGCAUCGAUACAUCUUUUGUCCUUACUCAUGAAUAAAUAAUUUCAUUGUACUUGUAAAAAA